CAUGUUUACAGUUGCUGUACUUUGUUUUGACAUGUGGGAUGUUUUUUCGAUUGGAGAACAUUGGCCCGUGACAGUGAAGUGUGAACAACCUGAACAAGUGAAGUGAUCAUGUCCAGGCAAGGAACUCGGUUGGAUGCCAAAAAAGUGAAUUCGGAGCUGUUUACCCUCACAUAUGGAGCACUGGUAUCUCAGUUGAUGAAAGAUUAUGAAAAUGUUGAGGAUGUUAACAAACAGUUGGAGAGAAUGGGUUACAAUAUUGGUGUACGGUUAAUAGAAGACUUCCUUGCUCGAACUGCAUCUGGAAGGUGUUAUGAUUUCCGUGACACAGCAGAAAAAAUCCAGAUGGGCUUCAGGCUGUUUCUGGGUGUAACCCCUGUAAUUACAAACUGGAGUCCAGCCGGAGAUGAGUUUUCUUUGCAAUUUGAAAGUAAUCCAUUAACAGAAUUUGUGGAGCUACCAGAUCAUUGCCUGACACUGAAAUACGCAAACAUUCUCACUGGUGUCAUCAGAGGAGCUUGUGAAAUGGUGCAAAUGGAAGUUACUUCUUGGUUUGUACAAGAUCAGCUGAAGGGUGACAAUGUAACUGAACUGCGCAUUAAAUUUGUGAAGAGACUAGAAGAUGCCAUACCAGCAGGAGAAGACUGAAUGAAACUCUUGAGUUUUUUGAGAAAUUACAGUAGGCAUCAGAAAACCUCAUGAUAUUCAACAUUCCAUUGUCCUGCAGGAAGGAGUGGAAGUGCUGGUUUUUUUGUCAUUGUUUGGAUCAAAACUGUAAUGCCAAAAACGAGGAGAGAGAACCACAUAUGUGUGGUAUAAGAAGCCCGUGUGCUAUUAUGUUUGUAUUGUGUGGAAAGCAAACCUGAUGUAAUCGUGUUAUAUUGGAACAUCUAUCCUUCUUUGUUUGUCUGAGACAACCGUCAGCAUUAUUUCUUUUUGUCCUUGAAGCGCUGUAUUCUGUAUGACAGUAUUUAUGGAGUUUAGAGUCAUUUUUGGGAGAUGCAAGAAGUAUGUUACUUUCUUAGAUAUUGAAUUCAAAUAUAUGUGCUUUCACCUUACUUUAAAGGCAAGUAAGGACUUCUUAUUAAGUAGUUAAUGAUUUGUAUGUUUCCACAAUAUUUUAGUUACAUAGAUUUUGUAUGGUGCAGUAACAAAUGUUGUUUAUAACUAAGUAUUGAAAGAACUUCCAGGAAUUUACGAAAUUAAUUGAGGUCAUUAGGCUUUCUCAACUUAUUUUACGUUCUCCCUCCUUUCUCUCUCUCUCUCUCUCUCUCUCUCUCUCUCUCUAUCUAUCUAUCUAUCUAUCUAUCUAUCUAUCUAUCUCAUAUGUACAUAAAAUUAUAAAAAUCCCUCCCUCUAUGUUCUCCUUCUUUCCUCCACAUAUUAUUUUCACCACCAAAAUUAAACAAGGAGCUUGCUAAAUAAAUAUUUUUGCAAGCACUGUUGAUGUAUAACAAGAAAAAGGGAGUGGAAUGGUGCAAAUUCAUCAAAAAU